UCCGUGGCCAUGGACACCUCGUACCCGCGGGAGGAGCGGCCGCCCCCCAAGCGGGGGCCGCCCCCGGCCGCCCCUGCGCCCCGCGAUCACCUGGUCUGGGCCAUCUUCAACACCCUCUACAUGAACUUCUGCUGCCUGGGCUUCGUGGCGCUCGCCUUCGCCGUCAAGGCUCGGGACCGGAAAGUAUCCGGGGACGUGGAAGCUGCUCGGCACUUCAGCUCCAAGGCACGGUGCUACAACGCCCUGGCCACAGCGGGCAGCGUGGUGCUGCCACUCCUGCUCGGUGCCCUCAUUGUCACCGGUGUCAUCCACCUCUCCAAGCUGGCCCAGGAGUCUGCUGGCUUCUUCACCUACCAGUUCAGUGGGAGCGACGACGAGGACCAGUGACCCAGGGUGAAGGGCUGGUGGCACCUUCUCUGCGUUGCUGGUGGCCCCCCCAAAAGGGCACCACCCCUCUCUGCCACCCCACUCCCCAACCCCAGUUAUUUUUGUUUAUCCUGUGGGUUUUUUUACCUCCUGUUAUCCCGUGUGAAGCCCCAGAUUCUGUGGUCGCUAUUUAAAUCAUUAAACGCUUCACACAGUGCGA